GCGGACACACGUAGACUUUUGUGCUCCGUAUUUAUGUUAUACUUUCUCCCUCUUAUGUUUUGUGUAUACACCUCGGAGAUUUUAUAUGAUACUCCUUACAUGGACGGAGUUCAUAGUGGUUAUAAGGGCUUAUUUACGGCAAAGAUUUAUGGUAGAAAGUUCCUUCGACGACGAAUAAGGUAUUACUCGCACAGUUCUGCUUCGUUCAACCCAUGUAUAUUGGUUCUUGAAUUAAGUGGCGAUAUUCAUCCACAUCCAGGACCAGUAUCCAAUCCCAGACGUUCGGGUAAAGGUCGGCACACUUUAUUGGUCUUAACAAUCAAUGCUCGAAGUCUAAACAACAAACUUCGCGACUUUCAGUCAAUGGUGUACACGAGCGAUUGUGAUGUUGUUGUUGUGAGCGAGUCCUGGCUGACUCCCUCGGUGCUAAAUAAAGAAAUAUUACCGAAUGGCUAUGAUAUAUAUCGCUGUGACAGACAAGAUGGCAAAAGAGGCGGAGGGGUAUUAAUUGCAAUAAAAAAUGAGAUUGAAUCUAAACGACGCAAAGAGCUAGAAUCGAAUUGUGAAAUUGUGGUGUGUGAAAUACAUAUUUCCAAAGGUAUGAAGCUAAUUAUAUGCGGUUUCUAUAGACCUCCCUCGAGCAAAAAUGAAUAUUUAAUGAAUUUUGGUAAUUCUCUCGAGAAUAUUGUGAGAGACGGUACUCCUGUUAUAUUAUGUGGCGAUUUUAAUUUUCCUGAAAUUGAUUGGGAACUGCAAGUAGCACCUGGGUGUGACAACUUACCCAAUAUUUUCUGCGACAUGAUAAACGAUGCUUUUUUGAGUCAGAUGAAUUAUUCUCCGACAAGGGUUUCUGACUCAACAAGCAACAUUUUGGAUUUAGUUUUUACAAAUCUGCCGGAUCAGCUUUACGGUCUUUCAACAUUCGAUUGUCAACUGAAUACCGAUCAUCUUGGAAUUUCAUUUUUCCUUAAGACAACUGUGAAGCGAACAAAAUUUUCACGUUCUGUGUAUAAUUUUAAAAAGGCUGAUUUCGAUGGGUUAAGAGAAACUCUUGCGCGAUCAUCUUGGAAUUUCAUUUUUCCUUAA